CCCCACUAUUCCCCAUCCUUCCCACAUCAAAUCUCUUUUUGAAUCACUCUUCUUCCUUGAAAGUAGAUACACACACAGCAUUUGAUACACAACAAGACUCUCACUACACCAUGCCUAUUUACAGGAACCCGCUAGACACACCCGAGAUCAGAGUACGGGUUGUUCAAUAUCUAAGCAUGGAAGAUAUAAUCAAUUGCAGUCAGACCUGCAAAGCUUGGAACAAUGAAUUUGCUGCUCAUAUUUGGCACACCAUCGACCUGAAGAGCCAGCCCAAAGUCAAGGAACUGCACUACAAGUCUGUCGCCAAGAAUGGAAACCAUAUCAGGAUCAUUAAGAAUAUCAGGAAACGCUCAGAGCUCGUCAUUUUCCAGGACCCUCGCAUCAACAAACUGUCUCAAUUGACUCUACGCCUGAAGACGAGAAAUGGGUACCACCAUCAAGCUGCUGAACUCAUCCGACGGAAUCUGGACACUCUGGAAACACUAGAUCUCUCUGGCGACGACACCAAGGACGAGCGCACAGUCUUUGCGUUAUCAGAGACACUCGUGCCGCCCUCCUCCGCAUGUAACUAUCAGCUUACCAGCAUUACGCUCAAAUAUAUGAGCAUGACUCGAGAAUCCUUUUCAAUCCUACUUCUGUGCUGUCCACAGUUGAUGGACGUCGAUAUCCGGUAUUGCACUUUCUCUGGAGAUGGAGGGUUAGAGCUGUUUCAACAUGAACGGAUGUCCUAUCUCUGUGCCUCCAUCGAACAAGUUUUUAAACCCAUUGUUGAUCAGACUUCGACACCACUGUUGGUGCAUUUUCCGAACCUCAAGACCUGGGAAACCUGGAGCUUUGAAGAGCCACUAGAGGAUCCAACAGCUCAAACAUUGAAGAACGCGAUCUUGGAGUACUGCCCAAAUAUCCAGAAACUCUAUACGAACGACUCUUCAAGUUCAGUAAUGUGUGAGCUCUUGACCAAGGCUUUCCAGAACCUCACCUCAGUCCGCUUUAUCUAUGGCAAUAUCACCACGGCUGUGGUCCUAGGUCUUUUACUCCACGUCAAUACACUCACAACAAUCCAAUCAUACGAUCCAUGCGACGUCGUGAACUGGAGCUACAAUGCUGAUGAGGCCCUCUCUAUUUCUGAUGGCUUCAAUGAGGGAUGGAUGAUCCAUGUUUUGUUGUCAAGAUGUCCACACCUUUCCGUCGUAGAUCUUCCUACACACGAGAUGGAUAUUGAUAUGGUGGAUCGGUUUCCAUGGGCAUGCAAGGACCUGAAGCGGCUUCGAGUACGCAUCCGCGGUCUCGAUACUAAGGAGUUGAUCGUGGCGGCGAUCGACAAAUGGCGUUUUGAACACCGUGAACGCCAACGCUCUGCACUAGCUAGCUUAACAAAAACUGAAAAGAACUCUGUAGCGUUUGAAAAUACAGUGGACCAAGAGCGCGAGCUUCCAACUGCUGAGCAAACGAUAUCGACGACAACUGCUAUUGGUGGCGCAGAUGCAAACACAAAUCAACAGCCACCACCGCCGCUGCCACAACAACAACAGCAGCAGCAGGGAGAAGCAAGCAAUAUCGUCAAUAAUCCCAUUGUUGACAAGGUGGUGAGACAGCUGCUCAAGUUUGAGAAAUUGGAUGACGUUUGGCUUGGCUAUAAAGUUUGGGGCCCUCUCUAAAUUCGGGCGAGAAAAUAGUGGACAGGGCAUGUCAAGCUUUUUUUUUUGCACAUAACAUCUUUACAAGCACAUUUACACGCAAACAUUCACUGUUUUUUUAUCAUUAUUAUUAUUUUGCAUCCAUCUCUAAUUACACCAUGGAGAUAUCACUUUGGCUGCGCAAUAUUUUUAUACAAAACAAAGCAAACAAAAAAAACCCCGGCAGUACUUUGUAUUAAAUAAUGAAAGUAAUGACAAGGAGCAUAGAAAUCAAUUGUAACCAAAACUUCAAAUAGGGAUGAUCAAUUACUUGCAUACCGCAAUGAUGAGUGUUGUGCUUUUUCG